AUGGAAAGAUUAUCUCCGAUUAUUUUUGGGACCUUUACAGAGGAAGAACAGUUAUUGUACUUUUCUGACGAGGCUGUAAAAUCAAGCGGUAUAGAAUUUCCUGAAGAUUUCCACUUUCACACUUCAAGCGAACCUUGUAAUAAGCCAGAUUACACUCAAACUGAUAUUUCAUCAACAGUUGAAAAUGUGGACAAUAAUGCUGGAUUGAACACUGAAAAUGAGCUACGGGAGAAUUUAUGCCCUGAAAAGGAGACCCCAAGAGAAUUUCUUGCAAGCCAGAAUGAUGAUCAAGCACAUGAUAAUAAUGAGGUUUCAGAUAAAUACGAUAUUUCACAGGACUCUAACCUUAUCCCAACUACCCAAGAGCAAAUUGUGUCUUGUGGAGAGAAAAAUAUUGCAGAUGAAAGCGCGCCAAACAAUGUUACGUUACAUAAGAAUGUUGAAAAUGGCCCUGAGCCAGUUAAAACCUCUGUACAAUCUGACAAUGCAACAAAUGUUGUCACUGUUGGUACAAAAACCAUGUUCACAACAUCAACUAGAACAGUGGAAUCUCGAAAUGAAGGUGUAAAGAGCUUAUGGGCAGACCUCUUCAAAACCAAACCCUCCAGCAAGCCACAGGGUCCAUUACCGAAGCUCCAAGGACCACUACAACAACCAGACCAUAGUCUCGAAGAUAGCUUAGCAAAAAAAGACCAAUUUCAACAGUAUUUCUUGGAUGUCCUCAGGAAAGUCUCAUUGACCAAUCAGGUUCCAUCGUUACAGCCUCGUGGAUUAAAGAACAAUGGUAAUUGGUGUUAUAUCAACUCUACGCUGCAAGUUCUACUAUUCUGCCCAUCAUUUUACCAUUUUCUUAUGAAAUUUAAGCUCAAAACUGAACGUGGUAUAAGCCAUACGCCAAUACUUGAUGCACUAGUAUUGUUUGCCAGCCAGUUUAAUGAAAUACCUCCACAACAAUCCACUGGGAAAUCUCGUGAGUGGAAUAAGCAGGAAAUUGUGAUGGGCAUGCCGUUUGAGCCAAGAUAUGUUUAUAAAAUGUUGAGUCAAGUCAAAACAACGUUAUCACAACAAGGAAAGCAAGAAGACGCAGAAGAGUUUCUUAGCUGGAUCCUGAAUGGUUUGCAUGAUGAGAUGGUGCAACUUACGGGCGACAAGACGCAACAAGAUGCAACAAGUAAUGACGUAGUUGCAGAGCAAGUUGGUGACUGGGAACAAGUUGGGCCUCGGAACAGAUCAACAGUUACGCGGAAAGCAGCCAUGUCUAAGUCGCCAGUUGCAGCAAUGUUUGGCGGGUACUUGAGAUCGUCAUUAGUUCAAGCUGGCAUGAAGGAAUCUGCAAGCAUCCAGCCCUUCUUCACCAUUCCCUUGGACCUUCGCGGGGAAGUAAAUACGGUCCAACAAGCUUUUGAUAAUUUUUUCCGAGUUGAAGAAGUCGAGGGCUUUCAGUGUGAUAAAAGCAAAACGGAAGUUGAAGUUUCCAAGAAAUGGACACUAGACACUUUGCCUGUUGUGUUAGUGUUACAUCUCAAACGAUUUGUUGUCAACAAGAAUGGUUGUGAAAAGCUAACAAAGAAGAUAAGCUACGAGCCACAGAUUCAAGUACCGGCAGAAACAUUAUCGAAAGUGAAUAAAGUCAGAAGCAAGAAUAUGUUGACAUAUAAGCUUUUUGCCGUCACAUAUCAUCAUGGCAAGAACUUACAUGGAGGACACUACACGUCAGAUAUUUCUCAUCCAGCAGUAGGCUGGCUCAGAGCUGAUGACAUAAAUGUCAGACUGGUUCCACCUAAGUUUGUGUUUCACCCAUUGUCAAAUCGAGAUCCGUACUUACUGUAUUACUGUCGAGGUGACAUCUAA